CGUCAAAGUCACCAUCCCUGGCCCCUUGGCAUAUACCCGGCUGUACUAGUAUAUAUACAGCCCUCGGCCCUUUUAUUCUUCCUCGCCAUGCCCCACCACGACACUGUCCCCGCCAUGCCACCUUCAGACGCUGCAAAGCCAGACGACCUCGCCAUACAAGACCUCUCACGCGAGGUCACCUCCACAGGCAACAUCCGCCUUGCGGCAAAACGUCUCGCCCAGUCCGCCCAGGCAGAAAAACUGAGAAAUUUGAAAGAACGCGCGAGCACACGGCCUCAAGUCGCACCGCCAUAUGCCAGAUGGGCAGAUGACCCAGAAGAAGCUGAAUAUCUUCAGUCCAACGUCCAUGCUCAGGCAGCGCACGUAGAAGACCAGGUGCUUGUGAGUGAUGAGGAAGACGAAGAAGAGAAAGAGGCCAUGGGUCAUAUGCAGGAAGUCGUGGAUGGUCUUUGGGUUGGUGAUUUGGUAGCUGCCAACGAUGAUGACGAGCUUGAAAAAAAUGGCAUUAAAAAUAUCUUGUCUGCACUCAGACCGUCUCUCAAAUUCUCAGACAAGUAUGCAGUCUACCCAUUGGAGAUUGACGACGCUGCGGAUACCGAUCUGCUCUCCCACCUACCAAGCUGUGUGGCAUGGAUCAAAGAAAUUUUAGACUUACGUCAAAAGGCAGCAGAGCCGUCAUCUCAGCAGAAGAAUGGUACCGGAAACGGCGAAUCGUUGAAAAGGUCGCCAGACAUUGAUACCGUAGCCCAGCGGGGCAAGCCGGGAGGUGUCCUGGUUCAUUGCCAAGCUGGCAUGUCCAGAUCAGCCAGUAUCGUGGCGGCGUAUCUGAUGACCGAAUAUGAUAUCGACCCAAUGGAGGCGGUGGCGAUGAUCAGGGAGAAGAGACCGGUAAUAGAGCCAUCCGCCACUUUCUGGCACCAGCUGGGAUUGUUCUACAAUACAGAUGGCAAGGUAUCUCUAAAGGAUCGAUCUACUAGACAGUACUAUAUGGAGCGAACCACUACCCAAUUCAUCAACGGCGAUGGGACAGCGCCCUCUGUGGAAAAGAUGGCCAAGUACCCUGCAUCGCCUUCCCCGUCCAAUCCACCUACUCCCAAGGACCAUGCGCGUCGCAAGAUCCGAUGCAAAAUGUGCCGACGCCAUCUGGCUGUGCGAGAGCAUAUGAUGGACCACAUUCUCGACCAGGCGCCUGCUGUACCCGCUUCCCGGCCGCGUACGCCUUCAGGCGCAUCCAUAUCAAGCCAAAGAGCUAGCUUUAGCAGUAAUGCAGGGAUGAGAUUUACCGAUGUCAUGGAAGAAGCCGGCGCGGGUCUUUUGACAGACAGGGAGCGAAGGGGCAGCCAGGUCAGCGAUGUGAUCAACCCCUUGACUGGCCUGCCUGGUGCAUUGUCAAGAAGAUCCAGUGCAGGCGCUGGGUCCAACGGUGCUCUCAGCCCUAGAGCAACCCAGACGCUAUAUGAGCGAGACACUGUGACGUCGCCGUUGUCCAUCUCCCACAACAACAACAACAACAACAACACCACGCAUCUGGCCUCGCGACGAGAAUCUCUUCUCCGUAAUCAUUCCGAGCCCGCUGGAACUAUGCCACCCCCUGUUCCCUCACCUACUUCUCAUAGCACUACUUCUGUACCAGCUCCAGCUCCGGCUCAGCGUGCUUUGCAGUCUGCAGACCAGCUUAACGCGAGGUUACCGCCGCAGCUUUUAGCCCUUCGGAUGGCGGGUAUGGGUGGCGCCGGUGCGAGUGCUCCAGCCUCCCCAGGAACAAAUACACCUGAAAAAGAACGCAGGGACCAGUCUCCAUCUUCUGCCAAUACCAAUGGCGGCACAGGUGCUGCAGCAAGACGAUUGAGUUCACUUGCAAUGACUUCCAAGGAUGAGAAGGAAGCGACGAAACUGUACGAGAGAAGGGCGAGUGCGGGGGAAGGAAUGUAUGGUCCACCACCUAUACUUGUCAACCCCAAAUGCUCAGGUUACUUUGUUGAACCUUUGACGUGGAUGGAGCCCGUUCUCUCAAAGGGACAGGUUGCGGGAAAGUUGGUCUGUCCGAAUGAAAAAUGCGGUGUCAAGAUUGGUAAUUUUGAUUGGGCCGGCGUGCAAUGUGGAUGCAAGGAAUGGGUGACACCUGGAUUUUGUAUCCACCGAAGCAAGGUGGACGAGGUUUUCUAGUGCGUGGGCGAGGGAAAGAGGCUUAAGAUUAGUUGUGUCGCAUUGCAUUGUUACGAAGAUAAGAUAAGUAUCUGUUUUAUUGCCCAUAUGUUCUGAAAGAUGCAUGAU